CUGGUAUAAGAUGAGGUCAUGAGGACAUGACGAUAACGUCAAAAACGGAAUAGCUACAGACUGACAGGCUGCAGUGAAGUUGUUUAUUUGUUGUUUUUAUACAUUAUUUCUUUCUUUUCCAUUUUCUUCAGGAUUGCGCCACUCCCGGCCAUGAGAGGGCCCUGUUGCGCGCGAUCGGCUCUCCACGAGCUCGCGGUGGUCAGUCUGGUGAUUUUAAGGAUGUAAAACUAUUAGAUGUUAAAACGAAAGAAAAGAAAGAGUGAGCAGAACGUGCAGCAUGUCACUGACUACAGCUCGUGGUGUCGAUAACUGUGGACAUUCGUGCGGAUGAUCAGUCGAGUGAUGUGUCCGUGCACCGUUUCUGUUCUGCAGUGACGUCCACGUCCUCUAAUCUUCAGUCACACGAGACAUGACCGCGCGGACUCGCUUCUGCGGAGGGCUCCUCCGGAUCAGCCGGGCGCUGCGAACUGUUGCGUUAAGUUUGGUAACGGGUUGUGUGUUCUCCGUCCAUGCUUCCUUCGGUGCGGUGCACGGGGACAAUGACACGAGCCACAGCUCGGGUCACGGCACGCAUACGAAGACUCACAACACCACUUAUCCCGCUACACGUGCGUUUCCCGUCCUCACUGUUAACUACGACCACGUACGGAAACCGUUCGAGAUUUCAUUAUGGAUUUUACUCGCUUCUUUGAUGAAACUGGGUUUCCACUAUAUCCCACGGGUGUCCAGUGUGGUUCCCGAGAGCUGUGUCCUGAUUGUGGUGGGCCUGCUCGUGGGUGGUCUGAUCAGGCUGCUGGGAGAGACUCUCCCAGUCCUCGACACACAGCUCUUCUUCCUCUGCCUUUUGCCGCCCAUCAUCCUCGAUGCCGGUUACUUCCUUCCCACGCGCCCCUUCACAGAGAACCUUGGCACCAUCCUGGUAUUCGCUGUGGUGGGCACCGUCUGGAACUCCUUCUUCAUAGGCGUGGUGCUGUACGGGGUGUGUCAGAUAGAGGGAGAACAGCUGGCAGCUGUAGACCUGUUGGCCUGUCUGCUCUUUGGCUCCAUCGCCUCAGCCGUGGACCCAGUUGCCGUGCUCGCUGUGUUUGAGGAGAUCCACAUCAACGAACUCCUGCAUAUCCUGGUGUUUGGGGAGUCACUGCUCAAUGAUGCUGUCACAGUGGUCUUGUACCACCUUUUUGAGGAGUUUGCUAGCGAGGGGCAGGUGACUGUGGUUGAUGCAUGUCUGGGCAUGGUGUGUUUCUUUGUGGUGGCGUUUGGGGGCAUCCUGGUGGGCACAGUGUUUGGCCUGGUGGCAGCCGUCACCUCUCGCUUCACGGCUCACUCGCGGGUCAUUGAACCGCUCUUCGUCUUCCUGUACAGCUACAUGGCCUACCUAUCAGCCGAGGUCUUUCACCUGUCUGGUAUCAUGGCGCUGAUUGCGUGUGGUGUGGUGAUGAGACCCUAUGUGGAGGCCAACAUUUCCCAUAAGUCCUACACCACUGUCAAGAACGUCCUGAAGAUGUGGAGCAGUGUGAGUGAGACCCUCAUCUUCAUCUUUCUGGGCGUGUCCACCGUGGCCGGGCCACACUCCUGGAACUGGGCCUUUGUCAUCAUCACCAUUUUCCUCUGCCUCAUCUCCCGGGUGAUGGGAGUGGUGGGUCUGACAUUCAUUAUUAAUAAAUUUCGCAUGGUGAAGUUGACGGGUAAAGACCAGUUCAUUGUGGCUUAUGGUGGCUUGCGAGGGGCAAUCGCAUUCUCUCUGGCCUUCCUGUUGCCCAGCGACCACUUCCCAAUGAAGAACAUGUUCCUCACAGCCAUCAUCACCCUCAUCUUCUUCACUGUCUUUGUUCAGGGUAUGACCAUCCGACCGCUGGUUGACCUCCUGGCUGUGAAGAAGAAAAAACAGACCAAGUUUACAAUAAAUGAAGAAAUACAUUCACAGUUCAUUAACCAUAUGCUCUCGGGCAUUGAGAACGUCUGUGGUCACUAUGGACACCAUCACUGGAGGGACAAGCUGAGUCGGUUUAAUAAGUAUUACGUGAAGAAGUGGCUGAUAGCAGGAGAGAGAUCUCAGGAACCACAGCUCAUUUCGUUCUACAAUAAGUUAGAGCUGAAGCAGGCGCUCCUAGUGGCUGAGAGUGGUAGUGCAGCCAACAUUGGACCAGGCCUGUCCUCUGCUGCCUUGCUGAGUGCCCAGUCCCAAAAGCAGAGGACGGUUAUGAAGAAUAUCUCUAAGGAACGUGAGGAGGAAAUCAGGAAGAUUCUUCGUGCCAACCUGCAGAAAACACGCCAGAGGCUUCACUCGUACAACAGGCAUACACUGGUGUUGGAGGAGGAGGAUGAGUGGAGUACAGUUCAGCUCCGGAGGCAGAGAGUGGAGUUGGAGAAGAGGAUGACUCACUACUUGACUGUGUCUGCUAGUGGGUGGGACUCCCCUCCUGUGAGGAGAGCCAGGUUUCAGUCAGACAGUCAAGAGUACAUGGCCAAACCCAGUGCUCCAGUUAGCAUUCCUGCCAUCAACAUGGAGCUAGUUUCAGCUCCGCCAGGCUCCCUGGCGCUCCUGGAGGAGGUAACUGACCAGGCACAACAGAGCCAAGAUGAAGGCUGCGGGAUGCAUGCAAACUCCCAUGAGGAGAAGAGCAUGAAACCGAACGUGACCUUUGCUCUGGAACUGGAGAAGCAGAAGCUGUCUCGCUGUCUGAGUGACCCAGGACCCAACAAGAUCGAGGUGGAGGCAGAGGAGAAAGAGCAUUUUCUGUCCUGAGGAAAGUGGGGCAGAUUGCCAGUGUCCUAUAAGAGUCGUAUAACGGUGUGGCUGACCAGACCGAGUCUGGGCAUUUAAACGUGUUUAUUUUCCCCCCCCCCCGUCACCCAGUCCAGAAACUGAACUCUCAUUCUCCUGUUUGUCAUUUAUUACCAACUCCAUUUCCUCACUAUUAAGUGAAGCAUUUAAUAAAUGUGCUUGUCAUGUCAGGUUAAUUCCCUUGAAGUUGUUCACUUCACAUGUGAAGUUGGUGUUCUGUUUCACUUGUUGGAAAGAAUGUGAUGGAGAGUUUCAGCCUGAACGUGCUGUUAACCAUAUUGUCUAGGUGCUCAGCCAACCCAGUGUCAGAAUGGAUGAAUAUAAAUGUGUGGGUGUGGCUACAUUUUAGGGGUGGGCUAUGUAGUGUCAGUGGCUGUAGGAUUUGUGACUGCAGUGCUGUUCAGGUUUAGGUUUUCCAUCCCUGGCCAGGAUCAGUAGGUGCCUUUUGCACUGUGGGUCGCACCGGUACACAGAGAACACGCCGUGGGUCGCACCGGUACACAGAGAACACGCCGUGGGUCGCACCGGUACACAGAGAACACGCCGUGGGCCGCACCCUGGAAAAUAUUAGGAAGCACACAAAUCCUCAGCCUUAAAUUAAGUCUGUGCUUAAUUUGUGAUAUUAAUGAAAAGUAUUUUCAUAUUAAGCAAAGUUUGUAGGUUGAUGAGUUAAUAAAUGUAAUAUAUUUAAUAUAAAUAAAGUAAUAUAAAUAAAGCAAACCUUAAAUCUCUGGGUCUUUAGUAAAGACUUUCUCUGAUUGGUCUGACAGUGCUUGGUGUAAUGGUAUAGAGAUGACAGAAGGGAAUGGGGUUCAAACCCCUAACAGACAAGUGCAUCUUGCAUAUAUACAUUUUUCUCUAUGCACCCCUGUUUCCUUUCCUCAGUUUGGACAGAGCACUCUCCA